AUGGGGGACGAUUCGGCAAGACUGUAUCGUUUGGAUGGAGUCGCUCAUAUCGCCGGGGUGAUCAACAACGAGCCCUGGCAUUGCAUAUCGAGUAUGCGGCGGCAGCAGGGAAUGCGACUUGAUGAGAGGUACGUUUCGUACUUGCAGAUGGCCGAAUUAUACCAUCUUGCGAUACUGAACGACAGAUGGUUCCGAUUAGACGAGCCGCUUGUGAGUGCAUUCGUCGAGAGGUGGCGUCCGGAGACGCACACUUUCCACAUGCCGUUCGGAGAGUGCACGAUCACACUUCAGGACGUGGCGUACCAGUUGGGGUUGCCAGUGGACGGACAUUACGUCAGCGGUUGCCUGACAGAUUUUCACAUAUACAUACAGGGUACCCGGCCAGCUUGGCAGUGGUUCCAGGAAUUGCUCGGUGUGUUACCUCCCCCGAGCCAAAUUCAAAAGUUCGCAGUGAACUGCACCUGGUUCCAGGAAACUUUUGGAGAGUGCCCCGAGGGGGCCGAUGAGGCGACAGUUAGGCGCUAUGCCCGUGCCUAUAUCAUGAUGUUGUUAGGCACCCAGCUGUUUGCUGACAAGUCAGGCAAUCGUAUUCACAUCAGAUAG